AAAAAAAAAAAUAAUAAAACCUCUUUUGAUAACAUUAUGUAAAGCCCAGUGUAAAGAUACGCUAGUGAAGCUUAGAGAGUACAACAACCGUAGCAUCGUUGUUCCCUCCGUGCUGAGAAACGAAUAAAACACAUAUCGUAUGGAGUUUUCCUUUGGAUUUUUAACUUUUUAUUUGAAGUGAAUGAACACUAUGUUUUGACUCCCACAACAUUCAAAGCAAAAAAGCGAUAAAGAUGGAAAAAAUGGCGUUUUGACAUGUUAAUGGCAAUUUCAUCAAUAACAUCACUUCUGUAGUUUCAGUUUUUAUUUUACCUGUUUCAUAAAUAAUUUACUUGGCCACUUCCGUAGCUAGAUUUUUGCGUAUUUUCCAAGCCAACACUGGCCAACAUUAUGUGGCACAUUUUCCGCAUUUUGUAGGUGCAAAUGCGAUCGUCGUAGCUAUGCAAUUCAUGUGACUGCGCUCAACAGUGUCAGAUAUUAAACCCUUGCAGGCUGUAGCUUUGCGACCACGCUCGACAGAUGACAAAAUAUCUAAAUUUACCCAUCAAGUCAUUUGACAGACGCAAUCUAGGAGUCGCCAUUAUCUGCCCAAUUAGCACCACCAGCAUGCUAUUAAACGAAUACAGUACAAUGUCUGCCUCAAGAAACAGUACAGCUGGUCCCCCAGGUCCGCCAGAUUUCUCGGUGCCGUGGAAGUGCAGUGAUGUCGUUCUUGUUGUAGAACGUCAAAAGUUUCAUGUCCAUCGAUAUACCCUCGCAAUGUGGUCGCCUGUAUUUGAGAAAAUGUUCACUUCAGAGUUUAAAGAAAAGAACUCUUGUGAAAUUCCUCUUCCAGGCAAAAAGGCAAGUGAGAUCAAGGAGCUUCUGCUGAUAAUCUAUCCAACAAAAUCUGGGAAAGCUUGGAAAACUGUGACGAAUGAAAAUUGCUACUUCUUGUUAAAGCUCGCAGAUGAGUAUCAGAUGGAAGACAUUCGUAAGAGGUGCGAAGAUGUUCUGGUUAAUUUGGUUUCUAAAAAGCCGGGAAAUACCUUUCUUGCCGAUCUCACGUUUGCGCAAACCUACAAGUUAGAGAAACUACUUGGAACAAUCGUCAAUAGAGCUCGUCAGCUGCGACUGUGUGAUUUCAAAAGUCACGAGAUGUAUGAUAUAAUGGAUCCACGCAUUUACAAGCAGAUUGUGGAGGGAAUGAUAGAAAGGCUUGAGAGGAAUCCGGGCAGCGGCUAUCAGCAGUCCUUUUACAGAUGAGCGUUCCAACGUUAACUAUUUGAGGUGACACAAGCACUGAAGUGUAUGCAUUUUGAACAGGGUAGUCUUGUAGCUCGUUUUGUUAAUACUAGCUAGUGACAGUAAAAUUAUUCGGUUUUCCAAGAAAAACGCAUGUUUACUUCCGGUUAUUUCUCCGAUUACACUUCCUCUUACUCUUUAGACCUAGCGAGCUGUAGUGGCUUAAACAUCUUAGCACGGGAUUCCAUUUUAGGUGAACGAUCAGAUGUUCUGGGAAAAUUUUAGCACAAUUUUUCAUACUUUUAAUUUUUUUUUUUUUUCUGAUCAAACAAGGACUGUCAAGCUUUUUAAUUCACGCAUCUUUUCCCUGUUUCUGAGAAUGGAGGAAGAAUUAAUUAAUUAUUUAAAGCACUUUUUUUAAGGAUCAUUUGAAGAGACCUACAUUAGAUAUUUGACAGUUUUUUUUAGCAAUUUUUUUUUUUUUUGCCUUUUAGUGUUUUUUCCCCAGAUCAGUUUCACGACAUUUAAUUUAAGUAGAAUUACGUAAAAUACGUUUAAAUACARGCUGUUGCAGAUCACGUUUUUACACUUUGACCGUUUCCUCUUGUAUGCUAGUGAGCACUUGUAGAAUGAAGAACACAGCUUGAGUUACUGGUUUGAAGUAAUGAAAUAAUGUGGUUUGUCUGUA